AUGCAACAGGUGCAUUCAACAUUCUUAUUGGGGACAACAGUAAGACUUUUGAUUACUUUAAGGGCAUAUGCAACAGGUGCAUUCAACAUUCUUAUUGGGGACAACAGUAAUACACAUCGUACAACAGCACAACGAAUCAUCAGUGAUGUAUCAGACAUCAUAGCAUCACUGUCUCCUCGCUUUAUAAAAUUUCCAACGAGAGAAGUAGUGCGCUCUGUGAUGUAUGGUUUUAGUCAAUUGGACCGAUUUCCUGGCGUUCUUGGUACCUUGGAUUGUACCCAUAUAAGAAUUCAGUCUCCUGGAGGACAUAAUGCUGAUCUUUUCCGCAAUAGGAAAUCAUAUUUUUCCUUUAACUGUCAAACCAUUAGUGAUCACAAUUUGUUAGUAAGGGAUAUUUUCGCUCGAUGGCCGGGCUCUGUGCACGACAGUACCAUAUUUCUCAACUGCGCUCGCAGAGCUCAAUUUGAAAACGGAGAAAUGCCACAAGGUCACUUAUUGGGAGAUAGUGGUUAUGCAUGUAAAUCCUACUUGUUAACUCCACUUCUAAAUCCGCAAAAUGAAGCAGAGCAUCGGUGUAACAGGUCUCAUAUUAAAACUAGAAACACUGUUGAGAGAAAAUACGGCAUGUGGAAGAGAAGAUUUCCCAUAUUAUCUGUAGGAAUAAGAUGUAAUCCACAGGAAGCAAUGUCAAUCAUUGUGGGUACAGCUGUCUUGCAUAAUAUUGCGAGGAGUGCAAGCAGUGAUGAACCACCAGAAGAUCCUGAAAUUUCUCGACUUUUAAAUCAGUUACGUGAUGAGAGAGGCCCCAACAUUGAAGACAAUGAAGAAGUGCUACCUGGACAGCAGAUGUAUCGUGAUGAUACAUUACCUGGAAGAGCAGUUCGGCGUGCUAUAAUUAAUGAACAUUUCCGAUAAUCUAACAUAAAUCCAGACAUUGUUUGUAAUGAAAAAUUAUGAUUAUAGUUAUGGGAUUUCGCCGUAUUUUCAAUUUUUCAGAUUAUUUCAGCAUGUAAUCUAUUUUGUUUCUGCUGUCCAGCGAACAUAAAAGUACUCACUGAACUGGGUGUGUGAUGCGAAAUUUGAGGUUUUGUUAUGCCAGGGACAGGAUGUGCUGCCUACAGACAAUUACCCAGCUGCUGCUUUUCUGAGAUAUUUUUUUAGUGUGGAACUGUUGCUAAUUCAUUAUUAAAGAUAUAUUUCUUGCAUCACAUUGGUUGUGAAAGCAAUGCUGUACUCUGUUAUUUAUAUACAUGUUCAGUUUCUGGGUAUGUACUUAAAUUUGAGAACAAAUGACCCCAUUACAUUUAGAGAGUGUGAGAGUAAAAGCGAGUGGAAUAAAAUAUCCAUUAUAUUUCUGUAUGAUG